CCAGUUUAAAACUGCAUUAUGCAAUCCAUAGCUGUCCAUUGCAAUUUAAAUCUCUCCAAUUGAACUAAAGAUAAGUUGUAUGGAGAAUUCUACAAACCUUUCAAUUCAAAAAAGUGUGAACAAGUUCUUAAAUUCAAAUGAAUAUAUACUGCUAAAAGGACCAGACUUUGGGAUUAAUACACAUAUAACAACAGAUCAGAAUGCAUCUGCUGAAGUGAACGAAGCUGAAGUGAUUUUGGUGCAAAUUUCCUUCCACUUUUAAGAUUGAUUUCCUUGAAAACCCUGCAUCGAGACAUAUCUAGAAAGGAGCUACCUUAUAUAUCUAGGAUACAGAAUAUGUGACAACUGUUUGUCUGCUGGGAGGCCUGCAGAAAUUUACACCUGAUAAGAAUAUACUUUACCUUGAUCACCAACAAAAUUGAAUAUUGAUAUUUUUCCCCUGCAUUAUCAUAGAGGUGUGGGAAAACCACAAUCUGUGACAGUUUGAUUAGAAUUUACAUACCAUUGUUCAAUUGUCGAAAUGUUUGUGGAAUAUGAAGUGAUUUUGGAAACAUGAAAUAAUCGUCAGUGUAAAUUUUUGUAAGACAAACUUAAUUUGGGACUUCAUUAACUAAAUGGCACAAAAUCAGACAAAGAAAUCAAGAUCUUCAAAAACCAAUUCCAGUGACAAAGACCUACCAAAGAGAGAGGAAACGAUGACCAAAGAAACAUCUGAGAAGGGCCAAGCUCCUAUGGAAUCAUCUCGGAGAAUGUCUGGCCAGGCCAAAUCCAUGCUGGAGUCUCCAAGAAAAUCACUCGAACACUCAAACAGACAAGACAGAGGUUCCACUGAGGUAGCAAAAAAACAAACUGACCCAGUGAAAAACCAAGCUGAGCCAGCCAAGGGACAAGGAGCAAAAUCAAAAACAAGUCCAACGAAGAAGCUAUUAAAGAUUGAAAGAAACCAAACUGAGGCUAAGAAGAUGCUUUGUCAAAUGAACAGCCAGCUGACAGAGCUACUCUUGGGCAGGCCGAAUUUAACAGAAAGUCCAACGGACCUUACUAGAAGAUCUCUAAUAGAAAUUCAAAACUUAGGCAAGGACAUUAUGGCUCUUUUGGGUGGUUUAGGCAAAAAGCCAGGCUGUUUUCUGGAGGAAACAAGACGUCUUCUGGGAGACUUUGAGAAACUUAAACAGAAUUACCAAAAAAGUGAAUCCAACCUAAAAAGUGAAAAGGACCUAGUGAAGUUCUACACAAGCAAAUGUAGAGCAUAUCAAAAUGAAUCAGAAAAAUUAAAAGUAGAGAAAAAGCAAAUUGAGGAAAAAAUUAAAGAAUUUGAGGAUAAAAUCAUUGAACUUGAAAAUACUAUUGUUCAGACAAAGCAGAGCCAUCACAAUGGGAUUAGAAUACUCACUGACAAACAAGCAGGUCUGCAAGAAAAACUAAACAAAUGUGAAUCGUCUUUAAUAUCUACAUCAGAGAAAAACAAGGAACUACUUGAGGAAAACCAAAGUCUUAAAGACAAAAUCCUAGAUUUGGAGCAAAAGCACAAAUCUCUUGAAAAAAAGUGUGUGAAUUAUCAUAAAGAUAUCGAAAAAAUUACUCACAAAAACAAACUACUGGAUAAUAGGAACAAAAAGAUGCAGUCAGAGAUGGAUAUGAUGAAUGUCCGAAACAUUGAACUCAGGACCAAGAACAAGUCCAUCUUGAAAGAAUCCAACCAUACAGAUGAGAGAAUUCGUGAACUUGAUGAAAAAGUAUCGAAACUGUCAACUGAAUUAAACACCAGCUACUCAGAAGUUGAUCAUUUACGAGAGGAGUGUCACGCUCUAAAAGCAAGACUCUCAGACUAUGAAUGUGAAAAUGAGUCGGACUUAAUGAAAAUUGAGGAUUAUACAGAAGCAUUACAUGAACAAGAGGUCAAAAUGAAUUUCAGGAGGCGAAAUAGCGAACACUCUGUGAUCAGUUGUGCUAACAGUGGACUCAGCUCGACCCUGGAUAGUCAGGGAAGAGCAUCUCAACUCACAAGACCUGACACAGGGAUUUCAGAUGUUAGUUUUGCAAACAGUUCUCACUCAGAUGAAGUGCCAAGGUGAAGAAACGGAUACUUCCGUGAACCGCACACAAUCUUCAAAAAGACUUUAAUCAGGACACUGAAUUGUGUAGGUGUUAGAACUGGGGAUGACAUUCAUAUUCGAUCUAAUAAUAGUACAUUACAAAAUUCUGUAUCUAUUACUAACUUAAAUGCUCAAACAAGACUGUACUUUAUUAGGCAUGAAAUUAUAUUUUCAAUGACAAGUAUUUACCAAUUCUUCUAAGAGCCGCAAAUCAAAUCUUUUUUCAGAUAAAUAAAGACUGUAAGAUAAUCGCCUUCCUUAAAGUAUUUCCUCGAUGACGUCUAUUGAAAAUUGAUAUGAAAAGAAUCCAAUAUAAUCACUGAAUGUCUAUCUUGCCAGGGUCAACAGAUCAACUAGUGGUGGAAAUGAAAUAUGUUCUCCUGUUAUAGCAACCUAUUUAUGCUGUCUAACUUGAAAAUGACACUUUGAAACCCUCUUAUCCAUUGAGAAUAUAUCAUGACAUUUGAAAAAAUUAUCAAUAUUCAUGUGCAUUGAUAUAGUCAAAGCAGAUGACAAAAGUCCUUAAUAUCAAACACUUAAUGCUAUAUAACUUAAUCACAAUUAUAUUGUACAUGUAUUGAGAAAUACUGAAAACAGGAAGUCGCCCAUUUUCCAAUUUUAUUAAUCGCAUCAAUCUAAAUAGUAAAUGAAUAUAUAUAAAAAAUGAAUAUAUAAAUUUUGAAAAAUUUGAUCUCAAAUUGUAUCAAAGUCCCUUCACUGACAACUAAUUAUCAGGA